AUGCGUAUUACACGUGUAUAAACUUCCGCUUUUUCGUGCUAGUUGUCAAAAUUCAGUUUUGGUUAUAAAGAUGUCUUCCUCUAUAUCAUCAUGGCUAUGGCUGAUUUCAUCUCUGCUGUUGAUUGUAAUUGUUUAUGCUGGAGAAGACUUCUAUAAACUGCUUGGUGUACAGAGAGGUGCAAGUGAUAAAGAAAUCAGAAAGGCUUUCAAGAAAUUGGCAGUAACCAUGCACCCAGAUAAAAAUCCUGAUGAUCCUGAAGCCCACAAUAAGUUCCUGAAGAUUACAAGAGCAUAUGAAGUGCUGAAGGAUGAAGACCUUAGAAAGAAGUACGAUAUGCACGGGGAGGAGGGACUCUCUGAAGACUUUGGAAGAGGAAAAUAUGAGAGCUGGAAGUUCUAUGAAGAAGAAUUUGGUAUAUACGAUGAUGAUCCAGAGAUUAUCACAUUAAGUCGUGCAGAUUUUGAAAUGUCCGUUGAGGGCACAGAGGAUGUUUGGUUUGUCAACUUCUACUCACCACAUUGUUCACACUGUCAUACACUGGCUCCAACUUGGCGAGAAGUUGCCAGGGAGUUGGAGGGUGUGGUCCGUAUAGGGGCAGUGAACUGUGAGGAUGAAUGGCAGUUGUGUAGAAUGCAGGGGAUCAGGUCUUACCCUUCCUUGAUGAUGUAUCCUGCUAGAGAGAAGUACUAUGGUGACAAGACCAGAAAGGAACUGGUAAAGUAUGCAUUGAGACAUACAACUGUUAAAGUUGCAGAAUUAUGGAAGGGUAACUUUGACGAUGUGGUGACCAAAAGUGACAAUGAUCUCCCUUGGUUGAUCUCUUUUUGUGGAGAUGGUGGAGAUUGUUUGACAAGUAGUACGGCUCUUAAAGUUGCUGGAAUUUUGGAUGAGUUAGCGAAUGUUGGCACAAUGGAUUGCCAUGGCAACAAUGCAGAUCUGUGUGAAUCACUAGGACAUGAGUAUGGCACUGUGUUCUAUCAAAAUGGAGAAGUGAAGAAAGGAGAAGGACUGGAGAUAACAACUCUGGUUGCCCAGGAGAUUGCCAAUCAAGUCCUAUCACAGUUACCUGAUGUAACCAUUCUGGAUCAGAAAAAAUUCAGUGAGAUACAAGAAAAUUUAAAGAAACAUAAAGAUUUACCCUGGUUGAUACAUUUUGUUGAAGGAAACGAGGGCAGACAUCUAGAACUGAGGAAGUUGCCAGCAAUGCUGAGCAACCUUAAUGUUGGUAGAAUUGACUGUGAACUAAUGAGAGGCAUGUGUAAUGACCUACAUAUCAACAAGUUCCCAAGUUUUCUUGUCUUCAAACAGUCUGGGGGAUAUGAAAUCUAUUAUGGUAGAGUUACUGCCCAUGAUGUAGCAGCUUUUGCGAGGGAUGCCGCAGUUAUAAGACUGGAAGCGUUGGGUCCAAAAGACUUUGAUUCUCGUAGAGCAGGACCUGCUAGUUCACAAGUUUGGUUUAUAGAUUUCUUUGCUCCUUGGUGUCCGCCAUGCAUGCGGCUUCUCCCAGAGUUUAGGAAAGCAGCGAAGAAUUUUGGAGAAGUUGUGAAUUUUGGAACUGUAGAUUGUACUAUACAUCCUAAUCUUUGUAGAAAUUACAAUGUGAGAUCUUACCCCACCACAAUAUUGUAUAACCAGUCUGUACCACACCAGUACCAUGGACAUCAUAAUGUACACUCUAUGGUAGAAUUUAUACAGGACACAUUAAACCCACCUGUUAUAAAGUUGGACAGAGCAUCGUUCAGAAGACUUGUUCUACAGAAAGAUGAAAAUGUAGUCUGGUUGGUGGAUUUUUACGCUUCAUGGUGUGGACCUUGUCAACAGUUGGCUCCAGAAUGGAGGAGAUUAGCUAAGAUGUUAAAGGACACAAAGGAUGUGUUUGUUGGUAUGGUCGAGUGUCAGGAGGAACAGUGGUUAUGUUCAGAUCAAGGUGUACAGUCAUACCCUAACCUCAGGUUGUACCCACCCAAAUCUAAAGGAGGCUCAUACUUUACUUACAAUGGAUGGCAUAGAGAUGCAGAGUCAUUACGUGCAUGGGCUUUUGAAUUUUUACCUUCAAAAGUGGAAACCAUUACUUGGAAUAAAUUUCAGAAUAAGAUCAUUUCCAGUUCAGAUGCUUGGAUUAUAGAUUUUUAUGCGCCAUGGUGUGGACAUUGUCAAGUUUUCCGUCCAGAAUUUGAAAAAGUAGCAAAUGAUAUAGAAGGAGUAGCUAAAGCAGGGAAAGUAGAUUGUACUCAAGAACGACAGCUGUGUCAUCAGGCCAGUGUACAUUCCUAUCCGUCUGUCAGAUUUUAUUCCGGGUCAAGAGACGGUAGAGCCCAGAAUGCCUAUGGCUGGGAUAUAGUUAGCCAAAAUGCAGAGGAAAUUACAAAUUUUGUGAAAGAAAAUACUCCAAAGAGAAAACACAUUCAACAGGAUCAUGACGAAUUGUGAUACAUCGAUUUGCCACCAAAAGUUCAAAAUAUACCAAUGAAUCUUAACGUGUGAUACAGCGAUUUGCCACUGAAUGUUCAUUGUGAUAUCAUAGUUUACCAGUUUAUCUUACAUAUGAUACAGUAGUAUACUGAAAAAUCUGACAGUGAUCUGAACAAGUUUUAGCAAAUUUUGAGGGCAGAUGAAAAACUAUUGUACUUUGUUCUUUAUUCAUAUACAUUUACAAUAGUUAUGCAUUCAGCCCUCGCUAUGCAUUUAGUGUUCAGCAAUACUAUUGCUUUAUUAUUCCUUUGCUAUGAAAUGUAUGUUUCAUUAUUUAUGUAAUAUAAAACAUAAAUGAGCCGUGCCAUGAGAAAACCAACAUAGUGGGUUUGCGACCGCAUCCGCGCAGUCUGGUCAGGAUCCAUGCUGUUCGCUUUCAAAGCCUAUUGGAAUUAGAGAAACUGUUAGCGAACAGGAUGGAUCCUGACCAGACUACGCGGAUGCGCAGGCUGGUCUGGAUCCAUGCUGGUCGCAAAGCCACUAUGUUGGUUUUCCCAUGGCACGGCUCAAAUUAACAUAGUUUGGAUUUUUUCUGACAUGACAAGAUUUUGAAAAUAAUACCGCAGAGAAAGCCAGUUGUUACUUUAAAUUUUCAGUAUUUGGCCAGUAUAUUUUAUAGAUCUGUAUAGAUUGUUAAGUAAAAAGUUACAGAAAAACAUCAGUACUUAGUAUUGGUUGAAAAAUUAAAUUAUCUGUAUACAUGCGAAUGUUUCAUUUCGUAUUGUCUGUGAUGAACAGUUUAAAAUGAAAGUAAAUGAUUUCGUAUUUUUAGCUCACCUGUCACAAAGUGACAAGGUGAGCUUUUGUGAUCGCGCAGUGUCCGUCGUCCGUCCGUCCGUGCGUGCGUGCGUGCGUCCGUAAACUUUUUGCUUGUGACCACUCUAGAGGUCACAUUUUUCAUGGGAUCUUUAUGAAAAUUGGUCAGAAUGUUCAUCUUGAUAAUAUCUAGGUCAAGUUCGAAACUGGGUCACGUGCGGUCAAAAACUAGGUCAGUAGGUCUAAAAAUAGAAAAACCUUGUGACCUCUCUAGAGGCCAUAUUUCUCAAUGGAACUUCAUGAAAAUUGGUCAGAAUGUUCAUCUUGAUGAUAUCUAGGUCAGGUUCGAAACUGGGUCAUGUGCGGUCAAAAACUAGGUCAGUAGGUCUAAAAAUAGAAAAACCUUGUGACCACUCUAGAGGUCACAUUUUUCAUGGGAUCUUCAUGAAAAUUGGUCAGAAUGUUCAUCUUGAUGAUAUCUAGGUCAAGUUCGAAACUGGGUCACGUGCGGUCAAAAACUAGGUCAGUAGGUCUAAAAAUAGAACAACCUUGUGACCACUCUAGAGGUCACAUUUUUCAUGGGAUCUUUAUGAAAGUUGGUCAGAAUGUUUAUCUUGAUGAUAUCUAGGUCAAGUUCGAAACUGGGUCACGUGCCUUCAAAAACUAGGUCAGUAGGUCUAAAAAUAGAAAAACCUUGUGACCUCUCUAGAGGCCAUAUAUUUCAAAAGAUCUUCAUGAAAAUUGGUCAGAACGUUCACCUUGAUGAUAUCUAGGCCGAAUUCAAAACUCGGUCAUGUGCCGUCAAAAACUAGGUCAGUAGGUCUAAAAAUAGAAAAACCUUGUGACCUCUCUAAAGGCCAUAUUUUUCAUGGGAUCUGUAUGAAAGUUGGUCUGAAUGUUCAUCUUGAUGAUAUCUAGGUCAAGUUCGAAACUGGGUCACGUGCUAUCAAAAACUAGGUCAGUAGGUCUGAAAAUAGAAAAACCUUGUGACCUCUCUAGAGGCCAUAUAUUUCAUGACAUCUUCAUGAAAAUUGGUCAGAACGUUCACCUUGAUGAUAUCUAGGUCAAGUUCGAAAGUGGGUCAUGUGCCGUCAAAAACUAGGUUAGUAGGUCAAAUAAUAGAAAAACCAUGUGACCACUCUAGAGGCCAUAUUUUUCAUGGGAUCUGUAUGAAAGUUAAUCUGAAUGUUCAUCUUGAUGAUAUCUAGAUCAAGUUCGAAAGUGGGUCACGUGCCGUCAAAAACUAGGUCAGUAGGUCAGAUAAUAGAAAAACCUUGUGACCUCUCUAAAGGCCAUAUUUUUCAUUGGAUCUGUAUGAAAAUUUGUCUGAAUGUUCAUCUUGAUAAUAUCUAGGUCAAGUUCGAAACAGGGUCAUGUGCGGCCAAAAACUAGGUCAGUAGGUCUUAAAAUAGUAAAACCUUGUGACCUCUCUAGAGGCCAUACUUAUGAAUGGAUCUCCAUAAAAAUUGGUCAGAAUGUUCACCUUGAUGUUAUCUAGUUCAAGUUUGAAACUGGGUCACAUGCCAUAAAAAACUAGGUCAGUAGGUCAAAUAGUAAUAAAACCUUGUGACCUCUCUAGAGGCCAUACUUUUCAUGGGAUCUGUAUGAAAGUUGGUCUGAAUGUUCAUCUUGAUGAUAUCUAGCAAGUCAAGUUUGAAACUGAAUCAACUGCGGUCAAAAACUAGGUCAGUAGGUCUAAAAUUAUUAAAAUCUUUUGACCUCUCUAGAGGCCAUAUUUUUCAAUGGAUCAUCAUGAAAAUUGAUCUGAAUAUUCACCUUGAUGAUAUCUAGGUCAGUUUCGAAACUGGGUCAUGUGCAGUCAAAAACUAGGCCAGUAGGUAUAAAAAUAGAAAAACCUUGUGACCUCUCUAGAGGCCAUAUUUUUCAUGAGAUCUUCAUGAAAAUUAGUGAGAAUGUUCACCUUGAUGAUAUCUAGGUCAAGUUCAAAACAGGGUCACGUACCUUCGAAAACUAGGUCAAUAGGUGAAAUAAUAGAAAAACCUAGAGACCAUAUUUUUCAAUGGAUCUUCAUGAAAAUUGGUCAGAAUUAUUAUCUUGAUAAUAUCUAGGUCAAGCUCAAAACUGGGUCACAUGAGCUCAAAAACUAGGUCACUAUGUCAAAUAAUAGAAAAAACGAUGUCAUACUCAAAACUGGGUCAUGUGGGAAGAGGUGAGCGAUUCAGGACCAUCAUGGUCCUCUUGUUUGCUGAAGGUAGUCAUCAUUUUAAUAUGUUUGAUUGAAGAUGAGACUUUCAGGGGGAAAGAUGACCUUGCCCUUUAAAACCCUGUUAUUGUGCAUGCUUCGAAUUAUUGGCACAAGUUACAGGAUUCUGCCAUGUACAAAUUUAUCUCAACUUAAUGUUAGGUAUAUAAUAUACCAUUUUAAAGAUUUGCAAUGGUGUUAAUUACUAUAUUUUAUAUGUCUAAGAAGCCAUUUAUAUGUUUAAUUGUAGUCAGGAUAUGAUAGGUCAAAAUGACUUGUGUGUGGUAAAAUCUUUCUAGAGCUGUUAGUAUGAGCACUUUACAUUCUUUUUGCUUACCGGUACUAUCUGCUAAAAAGAUUACUCACUCCCAGAAUCAUAAAAUGUUGAAACCAGUCUCCAAAAGCAUAAAAUUGAGUUUGGAGACCAGUAUGUGGGGACGACCUUUCCCUUCAUCAUUUUUUUCGUAGAAAUAUCUGACUUUGAAUUUGAUUUAUGACAUGUCAGCUUGGAAAUCUCAUAUUGAUGGUAGAGGGUAAAAUGGUGAUAUUUGAUUGUGUAUUUGUAAUUAUUUCAUGCAGUCAUUGUGUUUGUUUAUCUGCAUUAUUUAUUUAUAUUUUUAUGUUUACUUUUUAAUUUGAUGUUGUGUUAUUGAUUAGUUUUUUGUUUGUUGACGCAUACAUCGAAAAAAAAAAGUUCUAGAGAGAGGAAGAUGUGUCAUAUGAAUUAAGAAAUAAUAUAUAGCAGAACCAUGUUUGUAUAUAAAUUCUACAAAGAGGUUACACAUACAUGGAAUGAUUUCAGGAGGGCCAAGCCCUAGUGAAUAAUUUUAUACAGCUUGCAACAGAUUCUGUGUCUAAAUACAUUAAAACAUUGUUCUGCUGUCUUUGGUUUCGAUUCUAAUAUACCUUGUAUGUAAAGAGUAGAUGGGAUAGGGAAGCAUUGUUUUAUGUGGCAUGUAUGAUGCCAUAUAGUAGAUCAAUGUGUCUCCUAUGUGAACAUGUUAUCUAUAAGUGUCAGGGAGGUUACAUUUUCUGGAUCAUAAGUUAGGAGCAUCUAGAUGCCUGCUGAAAUAUUCUGUGUGCCAAAUGUACUACUCGAAGUAUAUGAAUUAAGUGUAAUAACAUAUUGUUAUAGCAUUUCGAUUCUGAAAUGUCUGAUAUAUAAAGUAGUAUAAAAUACUGGAUCAAAUAUAACAGCGUUUUUUUCUCGGAGCCUGUAUUGUAUGACACCAAAAUAAUAUCAGGAUGUGAUGUUAGUGUCGCUUUGUUUUAUUGACGUUGACAAUAAAUCUGAUUUGUUUCACAUUAGAAUAUGAGUUUAAAUGCUAGUUAUGUAUAUUUUAUAUUUGACAACAUUUUAAAAAUAGUAACUUACACAGGUAAAUCUGAACAUAUAAUGUAUAGUUUUUGCUAGGAAAAAGACAAUCUUAUUAUCC